GCGAAAGUGCGUCCCCGCCCCCGCUCCCGGUUCCGUGGGGAGUCUCUGCGAUCUCUCUGUCACCUCACAGUAGUCGUUGCUGGUUGCGGGCGUGGGGGCGCGAGUAGCGCAGGGCGGCCUCUCCCCCGCCCUCAGGCCGGGCCCGGGCUCGGUCCCCCGCUCCCUCCUUUCCCCACCCCGGUCGGGUACCGGAAGGUCCAAGCCGCUGCCGGUGCCCGAGGGCCAUCGUGGCCGCCGCCACGGGUCCUGAUGGAGCCGCCGAAUCUCUAUCCGGUGAAGCUCUACGUGUACGACCUGUCCAAGGGCUUGGCCCGGCGGCUCAGCCCCAUCAUGCUGGGGAAACAACUGGAAGGCAUCUGGCACACCUCUAUAGUUGUACACAAGGAUGAGUUCUUCUUCGGCAGUGGCGGUAUUUCCAGCUGUCCCCCGGGAGGGACAUUGCUUGGGCCCCCAGACACUGUGGUUGAUGUGGGGAGCACAGAAGUCACAGAAGAAAUCUUUCUGGAAUACCUGUCCUCCCUGGGGGAGUCUCUGUUCCGAGGAGAAGCCUACAAUCUUUUUGAACACAACUGUAACACCUUUAGCAAUGAAGUGGCGCAGUUCCUGACUGGGCGGAAGAUCCCUUCUUACAUCACUGACCUGCCCUCUGAAGUUCUCUCAACGCCAUUUGGACAAGCACUUCGGCCCUUCCUGGACUCCAUCCAGAUCCAGCCUCCUGGAGGGAACUCUGUGGGCAGACCCAAUGGCCAAAGCUAACAGGACUGCACGGGACCGCCCGCCUCUCCAGGGCUUUUCCUUUUUAAACAAAACAAACCCUACCAGAUUUCUAUUUUAUAAUUUUACAUCAGAGCUAACGGGGACGGCUUUUUAAAUUUCCCAGGGAAGGAGCUUGUCAGGCUGCACGUAGGACAAUGCUCCUAAGAAACAGAACAAAUGCCAUCCCUUCUAAUAGUAUUAUACUAAUUUAUUAAGGCUGUCUUGUCUGUGAGUUCACUUUUGACGCUGUUGCCUGAGCGUCCUCUACACUGGAGAGAGAGGGGGCGCUUUUUAAACAGAAAGCAAGAGUUACAAUCUGGGA